CAGUUGGGUUUGCAUGUGUGGAUGACCCUGUCCUGAGAUGACAGUGAUUUUGCAUAAUUAAAUUUUAAAGAUAAUUUGAAGUAGCGACUCAUGCAAAUGUAUCAGCCCUUCUUAUGUCGUCAAGGCCAUCGUUAACAUCAGUGAAUCAUAUGAUUUGUUAAAAAAAGAUACAUGAAACAUGUUGAAGAGCAUAUUGAAAAGCUUUCUGAUUGUGGCGGGGACGUCUGUAGCAGUACCUUACAUCUUCACUUCAGUCAGUAGUGUGCUGUAUGGCUGGAGUGAAAGUAAAAAAUCUAGACUCAGAAGAACUUUGAACCCAUUCAAAGUGAUGGCAUUCAGUUACACAAUGCUGCAGAUGAUGCACACUAAAAUAAGAUAUAUACCUUUGUAUAUACAAUGGAAUAUGUUUUAUAGGUCUGCAAAGCCAUCUCAAGUCCUGAAGAAUCUAUCAUAUGGGAGGAAUGAAGAGACUCUGGAUUUGUACUUUCCCUCAUCAAAUAAAGGGCAGACAAAUCUGCCUGUUGUAGUGUUAAUAUAUGGUGGAGCUUGGUCCUUGAAGAAUAAAGAAAUGUAUGGACUUCUGUGUACGGAGCUGGCUAAUAAACUUCAAGCCGUGGUCUGCUGUCCAAACCAUUCUGCCUAUCCUAAGGGUUAUGUGGAUGACAUGAUUCAGGAUGUGGUAGACUGUUUAUGCUGGAUCAGUGAAAAUGUUGGGGACUAUGGAGGCAACAAAAACCAGGUGAUGAUGAUUGGUCACUCCUCCGGUGCCCACCUGUGUAUAAUGACCAUCUUAGAACUCCUGCAUGAUGAAAUUCUGAAUGCAGAGAGCAUGCCUUCUCACGAACCGGUGGUCCCCCAAAUUCAUUUUGAGGAGUCGCACUAUAGAAAAGAGGACACAAACGGCCAGAACGGUCUGGAUGGAAGCUCUGGGUCCUCAGGCUCAUUCUGUGUCCUAAACGAAAACGGGGACAAGAAGGAUGGUUUAGAGGCCAGUAACACAAGUAGUACUUUUGAAAUGUUAAGUAAACCUGAAACAGGUGCCAUGGAGGAAUCUGUAGCUGCAGGUUAUGUUAAACCUGAGGUAGAGACAGAGAGUGAAAAACCAGGUGUGGAUCUGAGUGAAAGUGAGAAACAAGGAGUGGAAGGACCUGAGGGUGAGGAGUCUAAGGAGGAGACUGAGGAGAAGAGGAGACUUGAGGACUCAGAGGAGGAGGAUAAUGGGAGUGAUAAGGACUCUGUUAUAACUGUGAGGUCCAGCGAUCGACAAAGAUCACUGGUAGAAAUCGGAAAGUCAAUUAAAGCUAUCAUAGGUUUAGCUGGGGUGUAUGAUAUAGCAGAUCACUAUGAACAUGAAACUUCUCGUGGAAUCGAGGAUGUGUCCUGUAUGGCUAGGGUUAUGUAUGGAAAUACACAUUUUGACAGGUUUUCACCCACUAAGUUAUGCCACUUACUUUCAAGAGGAGUCAGGUUACCAAAGAUUGUGUUACUUCAUGGAACAAAUGACUAUGUUGUGCCCAUUUCUUCCACUAACAAGUUCGCGGACGUAUUGCGGUAUUUAUAUGUGGACGUGGCUCUUCAUAUCCUCCCGGGCUGUGAUCACUAUGAAAUCUGUCUAGAUUUGAUGAAGCCUAAUCGUAAAUUUUAUGAACUAGUUAUGGGAAUUAUACUGCAAACUUCAAAAUCUGUUUUCUCCAAUAAUAAGUGAUAUUAAUUCUGGAGUAAUAAUCUAAUGUCAUUUCAUAGAGUCAUUCUGGGGUCUAUUUACCAUGAAAUGGUAAAAGUAUCAUGAAACGGUGAUCUGCAGGAAUUCUACAAUAUAAGCUUUAUUGUUGCGAUUUUAAUCAAACUAUCAAAGGCAUCUUUUUGUGUUUACACUGAUCAAGAAAUACUGUAUUUUGUUUUAAUUUGUAGGUUUUUUUUUUAAAUGUUAAGAAGAUAUACUGACAUACAGUCAAAUUUAUUUUUAAAACAAUAUUUUUCAAUUUCUAGUGUAGGUCAACGCAUAAAAUAAA